UCCACUCCCACGCAGGCACGCACCCACAGUUCGAUCCCUCCUCCUUUUUCACGGAUGCCUUUUUUUUGGAGGAAAAAAAAUCUUCCAUGCGCCGCCGCUACCUCCAACCAUGCGCGGCCGCCGGCACCAGGCCCUAACCUCGCCCUCUCUAUCUCCCCGAUCCGCCAGGCCCGAGCCCUCGACAAACACGUGACAGCCACCACCGCUCCUUCCUAAUCCACGCAUGAUGCCCUCCGCGGUCUGGGGCGCGCCUUGUGCUGGCACUGGUCAUGUCCGGGCACUGUGGCGCUGCCUGCACGCGCACCAUCGUGGGCUGAAGCGCCGGCGGCGGAAGCACGAGAUCCCCUCCCCGAUCAAGACAGUGGUGGUGGUAGUGAUGGAAAACCACCGCAAGCCUGUGCGGGCAUGGGACAUGUCUGCUCACGCGUACGUCGACGCCGUCGAUCUCCGACGCUGCCGUGCCAACUCCAUCGUCGGCCAGCGAAGAUGGAAAUGCAUGAUGUUUUUUGGGGGCAAUGUGGAUAGCACUGAGCAAGGACAUGAGGAGCUUGAUGCAGCCUGCCUACCGGAGCAUGAAGAAUCAAAGAGGUGAGAAAUAUUGCUAAGAUCAAACUGGGGAGUAGUUAACUCUUGAUGAUACUUGCUGGGAGGCCACUGGGGCUCUGAGGAGCGCUGCUCACUCUAAACAACACAAUGCUUGAGAUGUACUUCAUCGUUCUCGGAUUGAAGAUAAAUAUUUGGACAUUAUGCUUGCCUGCGUAUUUCGAGCUAUGCUUGCCUGUAUUACUCUUUUUGCUACAGUUUUAGUCACAAUUUCAGUUUAUUUUUGGCUGAGGACAGAGGUUAAUUCUCUAUCUUUGUUGUCAUGCAAAGACGUCUGUGUGUAUCCACUAUAUUCUGAUAUCAUUGUUGUCAUGUAAGUAACCUUUAUUUGGUAUGUUGGUUGUCAUAAGAAUCAUGUUUUUUAUUCUAA